AUGGGGAGAGUAAAAGUUCCAAUCAAGAAGAUUGAGAACACAACAAAUAGGCAGGUCACUUUCUCAAAAAGACGAAAUGGGCUUACCAAGAAAGCUUAUGAACUUUCAGUUCUAUGUGAUGUUGAUGUAGCUCUCAUCUUGUUUUCACCUUCCGGAAAAGUCACUACCUUCUCUGGAAACAGAAGCGUCGAAGAGAUUAUGAUACGGUAUCUGAAUCUUCCAGAUCAUGAACGAGGACGGAUGAACAAUCAAGAGUAUCUUCAAAGAGCUCUUGGUAAGUUGAAGAAUAAAGCCAAUCCAAGCCAUCAAGAGGAAAGCCCAGCAAGUGCUGAUUCUCAGAUUGAGUGCAUUCAGCAAGAAAUCCUUAGAUGCAAGUUUCAGAUGGAGGAUAUGGAAAGACGACUAAGGAUUUUUGAAGGUGAUCCUAUUGAAAUCACAACUUUGUGUGAGGCACAGUACCGAGAGCAUAUACUUGAGCAGACUCUUAAACGUGUCCGUGUGCGCAAGCUAGUUAUGGAGGAAAGUUAUGACUCUAACAAGUCACAGUCAACUUCACAGAUGCAUCCGCCUGCAACUUUUACAAGGAAUCCAAACAGUAUGUUGGAUUGGCUUCCACAGAGAGACCCACAAAUACAAAUCCUCAACUUUUUGGGUUCCAAUGGCCUUCUUCCCCUAAGAAAUCAGCCUCAGCUUGCGGACAACAUAUUGCCACCAACCUUGACCCUCCUCCAUGGACAAAACAUGCAUGUUGAUGAUCACAUGAGCCCAAGCAGUGUGAUAGAGGAUGAUAAUAACGUUCGCCAACCAGAGUUUGGGCAAGGCAACGAUGUCAACCUUUCCCCGUGGUCUCAUUUAUAUCCAACAGGUAGUGGACCUUUUCCGGCUGCACAACAGAGAGAAGGAGCGUUGCUAGAACUGUUUCUGCCUCAGUUUACGCCCUAAAUAUGUAUUUUUGUCCAGUUUAGAGCUUGGAGUUAAUAUAUUUUUGUUUUCUUUUUGCAUUUACGAUGCCCAUAUAACAUGUUGAAUGGUGGUCUUUUUUUCUUAGUUAGGUCUAGAAUUCCUCAUACUGCUUGUUAACUAGUUAAUACAUUAAAAGGUCAUGAAUUAUAAGUAGAAUUUCUGUAAUUUAGUGCUGGUUUAAAGUUCCAAUUAUAUUACUAAGUUUAAAAAAAGAACUUAUGAUGUAUUGUAGAACGUGGAAAUGUUGUAUUUGAUAUUUAUUGUAAUCGUUAGUUGUACAAAUCUAAAAAUUUGAUAUUAUUUUCAAAAGGAAUUCAAAGGUCUCAAAGUUUGGCAUAAGACAUAAAACUUGGCCACAAUUGUGUAGCCUGUAGUGUCACGACUCACAGUGUUAUAGAAAGACCUCUUCUUUUUUUCUUUUUUCUUUUUUUUCUUUUUUUUUUUUGAAAGGUAAAUUCUAAGAAGCACAUAUACUUCUUGGAAGGCAUCAUGACAAUAUUGGACACGUGUCCGGUCCAAAUACGCCUAAGAUAUGCCCAGACAUGUGUCUGAUACUCCGGAGAAGUAUCCAAUUUUUAAUUUUAAAA